AUGGCCAAGCUGUUGAAGCUCACGGUCCUGGGGCUUGCUCUGGCAUUCUUGGGUGAAAGAUUCAUGGCCUUAAGACAACGGAUAAAUACGUUCUCCCAUGAAGUGCACCCAGUAGAACCUCCCAGCUGCCACUUAAUUCAAGGAAUAGAGAAUGGCUCUGAGGACAUCGACAUCCUGCCCAGUGGACUGGCCUUCAUCAGCACUGGGUUAAAAUAUCCAGGCAUGCACAGUUUUGCACCUGAUAAGCCUGGAGAAAUCUUCCUGAUGGACCUGAGUGAGGAUGAGCCUAAAGCCUGGGCCCUGCCAAUCAGGAACGCGUUUGAUGUGCAGUCAUUUAAUCCGCAUGGAAUCUGUACCUUCAUUGACAAAGACAAUGCUGUGUACUUGUAUGUGGUGAAUCACCCCCAGAUGAGAUCCACAGUAGAAAUCUUUCGAUUUGAAGGUGAUUCUCUCUUCCACCUGAAAACCAUCACUCAUGAGCUGCUUUCCAGUGUGAAUGACAUCGUGGUUCUAGGACCAGAACAAUUCUAUGCCACCAAUGACCACUAUUUCACCAAUCACUUCUUAGCACAACUGGAGACCUUCUUGGCCUUACACUGGACAAAUGUGAUUUAUUACGGUCCUGGAGAAGUCAAAGAGGUGGCCAAUGGGCUUGACUUUGCUAACGGAAUCACUAUCUCCCCAGACAAGAAGUACGUCUUUGUAGCUGCACCACCCUCUCAGACAAUUCACAUUAUGAAAAGACAUGACAACUGGAACCUGACUCAAGAGAAGGUUCUCCAUUUGGGCACAUCUGCUGAUAACUUAUCUGUUGAUCCUGCCACGGGCGACAUUUGGGCAGCAGGUCAACCUGAUGCCUUAAAGAUGCAGAUGUAUGAUCCUGCAGACCCCCCCUGGAUCAGAGAUAUGGCUUUCUUUGUGCUUCGCAUCCAGGACAUUCUCUCCCAGAAGCCAAUCAUGACCAUGGUCUAUGCCAACGAUGGCUCCGUCCUCCAGGGGAGCACAGUCGCUGCUGUGUACAAACAAAAAAUGCUGGUGGGUACAGUGUUCCAUAAAGCACUGUACUGUGACCUGUAAACCAGACUCUCAGGGACAGAAUUCCUUGCUGGGUAAACCAAAGA